AUGCCGAGCGAUUUCAUCCCACGUUGUCGGAAGACGUUCCUUGCACUCUUAUUGACCCAGAAAGAAGAGACCAGCCCCGACUGUUGGGCCAACUGUUGGGCCCACUUUUGGGCCAACUGUUGGGCGAUGUGUCCGUCGUUAUAUGCUGAAGAGGCGUGGAUGUGCGCCUCAGCCUCAACCCGAGAACUCUUGGAUAGAAAACUCUCCGUCGAGGUCGUUGCCGGGCACUUCGGGAAGAUCGCGCCGCCCCUUUUGACCGAUCCGGAGCUGCAGCCGUGGUCGUUCACCCUUCUGCGGGGCAAGAUGGCACCGGACCAGCUCAUUGAGCAUGUUGAUUUGGUGACAUCGCACCUGGCGGGGGCAAGGGAGAAGGUGAAGAAGCAAACCUUCCAAUUCAUGGAAGAGCACAUGCCGAGCGUGCUGCGUGCGGAGCAUGCCCAGAAGAUCGCGGCGCUCCUGGGGAGUUCAGAUCGGGAGGUGAGGAGUUGGGCUUUGGUCCUCCUGGCUCGGCGGAUGCCCAGCAAGCUCUUUGGGGACCAUUUUCAGAAGGUCGGGGCGCUCCUGUACGAUUCUCGUCUUGCCUUCGCGGCCGCCGCGAUGUUUCUGGACAAGGGGCACAGCCUGUCAACGGCGCAGCUUUCCUUGCAUUCCGAGCCCCUGCGAGAACUGCUUCGGAAGGAGGGCUGCAGGACAGCUUGUGAAGAAGCUUUGAGGAAGAUCCUGCGGGUUCCAACCGACAAGUGGAAGGAUCAUGAAACUGCAGGGCUCCUUUCCAAGCUGCCAGUCUCCUGCCUCGUUAAGCUGAGCAGAGAGCACCUUUCCGAGUGGCGAGAUGAGUCUGGCAACACGUGGCUGCACUUGGCGGCCAAAGCAGGCCACCUCGAGGCCUGCAAGGCCCUGGUGGACACGGCGGGCCUCGCCCUGCGCGCCCAAAACCAAGCUGGCCACGAGCCGCUCACGCUUGCGGCGACUCGCGAAGUGGAUCGGUUCCUGCGGAGCAAGAUGCACUUCCAGGAGACCCGCUUCGGCCACGGGAAUGCCUACGAUGAGAUGGAGAAGGAGGAGAGAUCCGUCACCAAGGUCGUGUGGUACACCGUGCCUCUCCCGGGCAUGGCGGGGCACUUGGGUGGCCUGCACUCCUUCCUCGUCAUCACCGUCUCUGGUGGAGAGGCGAACCAAGCAGCAACGAGAAGGUACGUGCUCGAGAAGGCCGGGUCGGUUGGCAGGGAGGCACAUCAGAAGCAUGGCGUCUUCAUUGGGAGCCAGGAUCUUGGAGCCAACUUGACGAGCGUUCCAGGUCUGCGAACUCACAAGAAACUAAGCCUAGCCACCACCAGCAAGCUCAAGGAGGGACUCAAGGUGAAGCAGCUGUACGAGAACGCUCACGACACGGGGCCAUACAACUUAGCAUCCUCCAACUGCCAUCAUGCGGCCCAGAGGGCAUUCAACCACUGCUGCGCCCGAGGAGAAGACCGGGAGACCAUUCCCCCCAACGAACGGCUGGCGAAGAUAGCGGCCCCGUUUGGCCUCGGUGGCCUGUUCAGUUCAACUUGCUCAACCUCCGAAGGCUCGGGCUCCGAAGUCGCUUCAUUGAAAUCAGAGGUGGUCUCGUCGGACUGCCGUCCUGUGGAACCCCCAAGUGGCUUCGGAUCACCGGUUGAUCUCCACGCUGACGCCUUUGCGGGGACUGCCGCUGCCCUGAGUUACGCUGUGUACGUUGAGGAUGCUGCAAGCGUAUUGAAGCCAGCUGAGGCAGGUGAGGCCGUUGUCAUCUACAACAAGUUGGACAGAGCGGUGGUCGUGCACGAGCAUGCUUCUUCCGCAAGACACAGGCUGGACGCAAGGAAGAGAAUCAGCAUCGGCAUCCAGCAGGAGACGGUUUCGGUGGAUGUCUACGCAGUCGCAUGGCUCUUUCCCCAAUGUCUGGCCCCAAACCAACCAAUGUGGAGAGGUCAUUCGUACAACUUGACCAAGGAUUUUCAGAGUGAGGCAGUUGUAUUGCAAGAGGCGGGAAAGGCCGUUGUCGUCCACAACAAGUUGGACAGAGCAAUGGUCGUGUACGAGCGUGCGGCUGACGAGAGACGCAAAGUAGAAGCAGGCGAGAGAAUCAGCAUGCUCAUCCCACAAGAGAAAGUUACGGUGGAUGUUUAUGCAGCUUCAUGGAUUUCCGGACUCUAUCGGCGCCUGCUUCUGGCUCAAUGCCAGCCUGUCUGGAGAGGUCACGUCUAUAACGUGACCCGGGACUGUCGAAGUGAGGCGGUUGUAUUGCAAGAGGUGACACCGUUCGAUGGAAUGGACAACAUGGACGUGCUCCAUGUGACCAGGAAGGCCACUAGCAAGAGCCCGGUGCAGUGGCUCCUCGCCAGAUUUGGCGCUGCUCUGUACCUUUGCUUCCGUGGGACGGAUGACAUGCAAGAUGCUGCAAUCGACCUCAGCGCCGUGCCGGACUGCUUCAGAUUCAAGGAACACGGCCUGGGUGUGCACGGUGGAAUCGCCCACGUCCUGGAGCAGGAGGGAGAGAACGUCGACCAUGUGGUGAAAGAGGUCUUCAAGGUAUUGAACCAGCACCGCCGAUCUGGAGAUCAACUGGUCCUCUGUGGCCAUUCGCUCGGUGGCGGCUACGCCCAAGUCAUGGCCGUCCACUUGUUGAGCCUGAACGUGGACGUCUCGGCCGUCCGCACCUUCGGCGCCCCCCAUGUCCUUGUUCCACAGGCAGGAACAGCUCAGACGAUGUGGCAAAAGCUGCACGCCAUCACGCAGCACUGGGUUCACGACUGGGAUCCCGUCCCCAGGCUACCGCUUUGCCAAACCUGGCUGGUGGAUGUCCUGCCCAGGCUCAAGAAGGAAGUGGUGAAAGGCGUCAGGGUUGGCAUCGCGCAGAAGUACAUCGAGAACCUUCAGCGGAAUUGCAAUGCAAGCAGUGCGCAGAUGUUGGGUGAGUACGAUGUGGUGGGUCAAGUGGUGCUGGUGAGCAUGGCCUCUUGCUCUGCCCACGUAGCCAGUGAAGGCGCGGCGCCACUGAAGGAGCUUCUCAGUGAGAGGCAGCCAUGA